ACUGUCCUCUGAUCAUAGGAAUGUGUCCAUCAUGUCAGGUUCACAGGGUCGGAGGAUGGCUAGUCACUAAGUGGACUUGUAAGAAUGCAGAGGUGUGGAUGGAGCUGAUGUGUGCACAAGUGUCUGCGUUUGCCCUGCGGUUGGGGGGGAUGUCUGUGUGUGUAAUGGAUUUAUGAGACUGUCUCUGAAAGUCUAUGAGACAGAGUUUUGUGUAUGUGUGUGCGUGUACCCUACAUCUAACCCCGGUGUUUACAUCUGGCUCUAUAAGUUUGAGUGACCACGUGUGUAUAUGUGUGUGUGUGUACAGAGCUCUGUGGGUAUUGUCUGCAGUGGGGGUUGGGAGAAGAGGGUGAUGGGCUUGCAGCAGAGUGUUCCAGCCCUUGGCUUGUAAUUGGUUGUGAUGGGGUUGGGAAAGGUCUUCUGGGCCUGUCCUUGGUGCUUCUGACCCAGUGGAGAGAAGUGGGGUGACAGGGUGUCAGAGAACAGAUUGCCCCAGACGCCUCUGUGCAUUUCUCUGCUUGGCUCUGUGCCCUGCGCUUCGGAGCCUGCUCUGUUUACCUCUUGCUUUGUGUUUCUCGCCCUGUCUCCCCCUGCCUUCUUUCCUCUGUCUUUGUAUCUCUGCCCCAGGCUCCUCUUGCUUGCUCCGUCUGGCUGCGAUGACUCAUCUGGGGUAGGCAUGAAGGUUACUCAGGGGAACAAGGGCCCCGCUGUUCCCUGGGGAGGUGGGGGGUGGAGAACAGCACCCAGGAACGCCAGGCUGCCUGCCUGGGGCUCCAGCAGUCUGCUCUGGGUGUUGGCUCCCCGACCCUCAAUGGACCAGGUGUGAUGCUUCUGGUUCCAGCUCUCCUUUGAUAGCUGGGUCCCCCCACAACUCAGUAGCCCCUCAGCUGCUGCUGCAGCGGAGCUGUGGGGUCUCAGCUGCCUCUUACAUUCCUGCCCUAGAGCAUUGUGGGAGCAGCUGGAGGAGGACAAAGGGAUGGGGGAGUGUCCCCCCACUCCUCCUACCUCCUGGGGUGACCUGGCUUCCCUGUCUUUAGAACCGCCCUCAUCUCCAAGGCAACUCAGCCUUUCCCUCUGCCCUGGGCUCUUCCUUCUGAGGCAGCCCUCUUCAGAAACUGGGAACUGGGGGAAUAGGAUGUCAAGAUCUUAGGAAGGGAAAGCAGAGCAGGUAGAGGGGAUAGGAGGCUUGGGGCCUGAUGGCAGAGAGGGUAAAGGUCGGAGGGGUGGCGCUAGGAGUCCCAAAGAAUUCCACAGCCUGGAGAACUGAGUGCUGACCUCUGCUGGGAAGAAGACAGGUCAAGAUAGUUUGGUCUGGCUCUGGGCCUGGGACUGAGGCUGGGGAGGAGAUGCUGCCCCCGCCUCCAUAGGCCCAAGGGAUCUGGAGCAAUGGCCCCAGGGGCCCUUUCAUUUCUACUGCUGCUGCUCUUGGUGGCAACUGGAGAUGCUGACAUGAAGGGACAUUUUGACCCUGCCAAGUGCCGCUAUGCGCUGGGCAUGCAGGACCGGACCAUCCCAGAUGGUGACAUCUCUGCCUCCAGCUCCUGGUCAGACUCCACCGCCGCUCGCCACAGCAGGCUUGAAAGCAGCGACGGAGAUGGCGCCUGGUGCCCUGCAGGGCCGGUGUUCCCCAAGGAGGAGGAGUAUCUCCAGGUGGACCUGCGGCGGCUGCACCUUGUGGCGCUGGUGGGCACCCAGGGACGGCACGCGGGGGGCCUGGGCAAGGAGUUCUCUCCCAGCUACCGACUGCGUUACUCCCGGGACGGCCACCGCUGGAUGGACUGGAGGGACCGCUGGGGCCAGGAGGUGAUCUUAGGUAAUGAGGAUCCUGGGGGAGUGGUGCUGAAGGACCUUGGGCCCCCCAUGGUGGCCCGACUGGUUCGCUUCUAUCCCCGGGCAGACCGGGUCAUGAGCGUGUGUCUGCGGGUGGAGCUCUAUGGCUGCCUCUGGAAGGAUGGACUCCUGUCUUACACGGCCCCUGUGGGGCAGACGAUGUACUUAUCUGAGGCCGUGCACCUCAAUGACUCCACCUACGAUGGAUAUACCACGCACACUGUUGGCGGGCUGCAGUACGGAGGGCUGGGCCAACUGGCAGAUGGUGUGGUGGGGCUGGAUGACUUUAGGAAGAGCCAGGAGCUACGAGUCUGGCCGGGCUACGACUAUGUGGGCUGGAGCAACCACAGCUUCCCCAGUGGCUACCUGGAGAUGGAGUUUGAGUUUGACCGGCUGAGGGCCUUCCAGGCCAUGCAGGUCCACUGUAACAACAUGCACACGCUGGGAGCCCGCCUGCCCGGUGGGGUGGAGUGUCGCUUCAAGAGGGGCCCGGCCAUGGCCUGGGAGGGGGAGCCCGUGCGCCAUGCUCUGGGGGGCAGCCUGGGGGAUCCCAGAGCCCGGACCGUGUCAGUGCCCCUGGGCGGCCGCAUGGGCCGCUUCCUGCAAUGCCGCUUCCUCUUUGCGGGGCCCUGGCUACUCUUCAGCGAAAUCUCCUUCAUUUCCGAUGUUGUGAAUGACUCCUCCCUGGCUUUGGGCGGCACCUUCCCACCAGCCCCCUGGUGGCCACCCGGCCCCCCUCCCACAAACUUCAGCAGCUUGGAGCUGGAGCCGAGGGGCCAGCAGCCUGUGGCCAAGGCCGAGGGGAGCCCGACCGCCAUCCUCAUCGGCUGCCUGGUGGCCAUCAUCCUGCUGCUGCUGCUCAUCAUUGCCCUCAUGCUAUGGCGGCUGCACUGGCGCCGGCUUCUCAGCAAGGCCGAGCGUAGGGUAUUAGAAGAGGAGCUGACGGUUCACCUCUCUGUCCCCGGGGAUACCAUCCUCAUCAACAACCGCCCAGGCCCCCGAGAGCCACCCCCUUAUCAGGAGCCGCGGCCUCGUGGGAAUCCCCCCCACUCUGCUCCCGGUGUCCCCAACAGCUCUGCGUUGCUGCUCUCCAAUCCAGCCUACCGUCUCCUUCUGGCCACUUACGCCCGCCCCCCUCGAGGCCCGGGCCCCCCCACACCCGCCUGGGCCAAACCCACCAACACCCAGGCCUGCAGUGGGGACUAUAUGGAGCCUGAGAAGCCAGGUGCCCCGCUUCUGCCCCCACCUCCCCAGAACAGCGUCCCCCAUUAUGCCGAGGCUGACAUUGUCACCCUGCAGGGCGUCACCGGGGGCAACACCUAUGCUGUGCCCGCGCUGCCCCCAGGGGCAGCUGGGGAUGGGCCCCCCAGAGUGGAUUUCCCUCGGUCGAGACUCCGCUUCAAGGAGAAGCUUGGCGAGGGCCAGUUUGGGGAGGUGCACCUGUGUGAGGUAGAGAGCCCUCAGGAUCUAGUCAGUCUUGACUUCCCCCUCAGUGUGCGCAAGGGACACCCUUUGUUGGUAGCGGUCAAGAUCCUACGGCCAGAUGCCACCAAGAACGCCAGGAAUGACUUCCUGAAGGAGGUGAAGAUCAUGUCGAGGCUGAAGGACCCAAACAUCAUCCGGCUGCUGGGCGUGUGUGUGCAGGACGACCCGCUCUGCAUGAUAACCGAUUACAUGGAGAACGGCGACCUCAACCAGUUCCUCAGUGCCCACCAGCUAGAGGACAAGGCGACGGAGGGGGCCGGGGAUGGGGAGGAGGCCCAGGGGCCCACCAUCAGCUACCCGAUGCUGCUGCACGUGGCGGCCCAGAUCGCCUCGGGCAUGCGCUAUCUGGCCACACUCAACUUUGUGCAUCGGGACUUGGCCACGAGGAACUGCCUGGUUGGGGAAAAUUUCACCAUCAAAAUCGCCGACUUUGGCAUGAGCCGGAACCUCUACGCUGGGGACUAUUACCGUGUGCAGGGCCGGGCGGUGCUGCCUAUCCGCUGGAUGGCCUGGGAGUGCAUCCUCAUGGGGAAGUUCACGACCGCCAGUGACGUGUGGGCCUUUGGGGUCACCUUGUGGGAGGUGCUGAUGCUCUGCAGGGCCCAGCCCUUUGGACAGCUCACCGAUGAGCAAGUCAUCGAGAAUGCAGGGGAGUUCUUCCGGGACCAGGGCCGGCAGGUAUACCUGUCCCGGCCCCCGGCCUGCCCGCUGAGCCUGUAUGAGCUGAUGCUCCGGUGCUGGAGCCGGGAGCCUGAGCAGCGACCACCGUUUUCCCAGUUGCAUCGGUUCCUGGCAGAAGAUGCGGUCAACACAGUGUGACUCACAACACCCAGCCGCCCUCCUUGGGGAGGAUUCAGGGGAGGCCAGUGCACUAAACAAGAGGAGCUUACGGCACCCCCACUCCAUUCCCCCUCCCGACCUCCCUUCACCUCUUAGAGGCAGUGUGGCCGAAGGUGGGCUGGCCCUGCCAGGGAGCUGAUGCCCUCCCUUCCCCGGACACGCUCUCAUGCCUCCUUCCUGCUCCUCUCCUAGAAGCCCCUGCCGCCCACCCAGCUGGCCCUGUGGAUGGGAUCCUCUCUGACCUCCUUGAGCCAUCCCUUGGGGGAGGCUGGGAGAAGAUAUAGGGCAGACACUGGACCUGGCCCACUGGCGCACCUGGGCCCCACUGGACAACACUGGUACCUGGAGAGAAGGCUGCUGCCCCCAGCCUCUCUCUCUCCGUCACACACUGGACCCCAUUGGCUGAGAAUCUGGGAAGUGAGGAGGACAAGAAAGAGAGAAGGGGGUUCCCUUGUAUCUCCUCCUGGAAUUGCCCUCAGCUUUGGCCUUUCCCUCCUCCAUCCUCUGAAACACUGGACUUCGGAGUGAUCCCUACCCCCACCCUUCCGCCUCCCCACCUCCCACCUGCCGUGUUGUAGCUAGAACUUCUCCAAGCCUGUAUGUUUCUGUGGAAUAAGUAUUGGGAUUAGGGGGGAAACAGAGAGCAAUGGCCUGUGGCCCUGGGGUUGGACAUCUCUAUCGUAGCUGCCACAUUGGUUUUUCUAUAAUCACUUGGGGUUUGUACAUUUUUGGGGGGGAGAGACACAGAUUUUUACACUAAUAUAUGGAUCUAGCUCAAUGCUAUUUUAAUCCCCUGCACUAGGCAGGUAAUAAUAAAGGUUGAGUUUUCCACA